GGCUGCUUUGACAGAAGAUCGCGAUCGAACAGUACGCGUUUUGAGGAUGUAUGCGCUACUUUGGUUGAUCGGGGUCGUGUUCUCUGCGGUGGCGGAUUUAGCGCAGAUCGACAGCUCAUGUGGCAGCAAUAUCACCAUCACCAGCGCCGGAUACGUAACGUCGCCCGGCUACCCGUCGGCCUACCCGCUCUCACAGCAGUGCACGUGGCUGAUCCGGGCGCCCGACCCCAGUCAGAGGAUCCUUAUCAACUUCAACCCGCAUUUUGAUCUCGAGACGCGGGAGUGCAAGUACGAUUUCGUAGAGGUGUACGACGGCGACAGUGAGAAGGCGCCGAUGGUGGGGAAGUACUGCGGUAAGAUUGCUCCGUCUCCCAUCACCUCGUCUGGAAACUCGCUACUCAUCAGAUUUACCUCAGACUACGAGACCAACGGCGCCGGAUUCAGCGUCCGCUACGAGGUUCACAGAGGAGUCACAGAAUGUUCGAGAAACGUAACGGCUCCUAAAGGGACUAUACAAACACCAGGCUUCCCUAAUAAAUACCCCCACAACCUGGAAUGCACCUUCAUCAUCUUCGCGCCAAAGAUGGCAGAGAUCGUUUUGGAGUUCGAGAGCUUUGACAUGGAGCCCGACAGCAUGCCGGCGCAUGAAGCCACUUGCCGAUUCGACCACGUGGAGAUCUGGGAUGGAUACCCCACAGUUGGCCCCCAUAUCGGAAGAUACUGUGGUUCCAGAAGUCCUGGCCAGGUGGUAGCUCACACUGGCAUCUUGUCCCUCACCAUUCACACUGACAGUGCCAUCGCAAGAGAAGGAUUUUUAGCCAAUUACAGCGUCCGAUACAACCCGGAUCCCAUCCGGAAACAAGGCGAUGAGUGUCUUACUCCUUUGGGGAUGGAGUCUGGUGAAAUAAGCGACGAGAGAAUUACAGCCUCGUCUCAGUACAAUCCCAGCUGGGCUCCUUACCGCUCGCGACUGAACUACCCCAAUAAUGGCUGGACGCCAUCGGAAGACUCGGCGAGGGAAUGGAUACAGGUGGAUCUUGGUUUCCUGUGGUACGUUUCAGCUAUAGGAACCCAAGGAGCCAUUUCUAUAGAAACUAAGAAAGCCUAUUACGUGAAGAGCUACAAAGUCAGUAUAAGCACAAACGGGGAGGACUGGAUCAUGAUCAAAGAUGGCACCAAGCACAAGGUGUUUACAGGCAAUCACAACCCUACUGACGAGGUUCGAGCCUUCCUCUCCAAACCCACGCUGACCCGCUACGUUCGGGUUAAACCGCUGACCUGGGAACAGGGCAUUUGCAUGCGCUUCGAGCUGUAUGGCUGCAAGAUCUCAGACUCUUCAUGCUCCUCUAUGUUGGGAAUGGUCUCUGGUCAAAUCUCAGACUCUCAGAUCUCAGUGUGGCCUGAGGUGGAGAGGGGCUGGCUACCCGAGUCUGCAAGGCUGCUGACGGGCCGUAAUGGCUGGAUAGUGCCCACGCCUCAAGGUUCGGGGCACAGUCCAUGGUUGGGAUUGGACCUGGGCUUUCCUCGGUGGGUCACUGCAAUCAUCUUGCAGGGUGGGAGGCUCAAGGACAAGAACAUGUUCAUUCGCAAAUUUAAGUUGGCGUACAGCAGCGGAUUAGAGUGGAGCUACCUGCUGGAGAAGAACAGCAACAAAUCUAAGGUGUUCCUUGGAAACCAGAACCACGACACCCCAGAGGUCCGUACUUUCGAGCCCCUGAUGACGCGUUUCCUGAGCGUAUAUCCCGAGCGCGGUUCGGCCGAUGGCAUGGCCCUCAGGCUGGAAUUACUAGGCUGUGACCCACAACAAACCACUUCUCUUCCCCCGUCAACCUCCGAAGUAAACACAGUGAGGGAAGCUGACAUGCCGCUAACCACCUCAGCCCCUGUUGGCAUCGUCACAGCAACAGAGGACUGUGAUGAUGAAUCUGCAACCUGCCACAGUGGAACGGGCACGGGCGAAGAUUAUGAGCCGACAGUAGGGGCAGUUGCAGAGCCAUCACUGAAUGAAGACCUGGUUCCUGCGUAUCUUUGGUUCGACUGCAGUUUUGGCUGGGCUGACCAACCUUCCUACUGUGGGUGGACUCCGGAGAGCAUUGGACAAGCUGAUUGGCUACUACAAAGCCAUGAAAAAAACGCUGAACACCAACUGCCCGGUAGAGAUUACACUGGAGAACCAGGGAACUUCAUCUACACCUCACUGUCUAGAGACAGACCCCACCCAGAGACAGCAGAAAAGUUAGAAAUAGAGAUAGACAGGGCGACCGACACAGUGGUGGAGACGGAGACAACAACAGACGAAGCCCGACCAGACUCGGAUACCGAAGGAGGGCUGGCACGGUUGGUCAGUGUUCCUGUUACCUCUCCCGAAGAAGAUCUCUGUGUAUCUUUCUGGUACCGGUUUACUGGAGGGCACACAGGUGCUCUACACAUCCGGCAAAGGAGGGAGGCUGAAGUAAAAGUGAUGGAGAGAUUGAUGGUACAGGAUGGAGAACAGGAAGAGAGGGGUGAAGAGGAAGUUCUUGUGUGGAAGAAGGACUGGCAGGAGACCAAACACUGGAAAGUAGGAAGAGUCCUGAUGCUCCGUGCUAAUAAACCAUAUCAGGUGAUCAUUGAGGGUGUUGUUGACAGCACGUCAUCUGGACACAUCUGCUUGGAUAAUGUGAGAAUUGCUCCUGAACUGAAUGCCACUGAAUGUAAAGAUCCAGAAGAUGAGAUGAUUGAUUCGGCUUAUCCUGCUCAUCCUGAAACUGGUGCAGCUAAACCUGAGAUUGAGUGUGAAGACCAGGAGGAAUCGGAGGGCUCGGUCUGGAGGUUCGGCCAGGAGGGCGGCGCCAUGCUGAAGACCCUCGAUCCCAUCCUGAUCACCAUCAUCGUCAUGAGCGCCGUGGGGGUCCUCCUGGGAGCCGUGUGCGGCGUGGUCCUCUACUGCUCCUGCUCCCACAACCCCGAGAGAAACCUGUCCGCCCUCGAGAACUACAACUUCGAGCUGGUCGACGGCGUCAAGCUGAAAAAGGAAAAAGUCACCGCACAGAAAUCAUAUACGGAAGCGUGAGGGCGGGCGAACGGCCAGACGGACCCUGAACAAAGGCAGAACGGACCGUCGCGGGGAAGGUUUCGGGAACCGGAUAUGUUGCCGGGGGUGCGUUUUAGCCGUUUGAGACAGAGACGUGCUUUUCUCAGGAAGUGCAGUAAGAGGAACUGACCUCUUGAGGGCACUGUGGAGAGAAUUGGUGUACAGUCUGGUCAUCUUAGCCGUUCUGAUUCAUCCGUUUGUGAUUGUUUUUUUUAAUACCAGGAUGCUGGUGAUGCGACCAAUCAAGAUGAAAGUAUUUAUAUUCUGUAUGAGUUUGGACUCACAGACGCUGUGUGUGUGUGUGUGUGUGUGUGUGUGCAUCCCUUGUGGCUUACGUUUGAUUCAAAGAGUGCCUUUUUACAUCCGUCUACUUUCUUUUAAUCACUUUCUUUUCUCCCAGUCUACAUUUUUAUUGCACUCUCCUCCUCACGCGCCACAUAUUUUCACCCGUCAGCGUUCGUCUCGUGCUACGACAGCCAGCCCGGUGCCACUUCUGAGAUCGUGACCAGAUUUACGUAUCUAGAAUAAUGGGCUGCUGCACCACCCAGACACCAUUUACAAUUUAGACAUAUCCAAUCCCCGUCCCCCAAAAAACCUGGUCAAUGUCCACCUUAAGCACAGCGUCCAUUCAGGCAAAAGAGGACGCGGACUAGCACACGUGCCAUCCAACGAUUGUGAAGCCAUAGCUUUUUCGGCACCUUAGACAUAGCUAUUUCAGCGCCCCCUACAGAGCACAAUUCACAAUUUUAAUUUUAAAAAUUUGGUAAAGCCACAUUAGGCUGCGAUCAAAGUGCGAAUAUGAGACGAAUCCGCAUUUGUGUGGACUAACCAUCAAAUUCACUCUUAAAGCUCCACGUGUAUACUAUAUUGCCAAAAGUAUUCUCUCAUCUGCCGUCACACGCAUAUGAACUUGAGUGACUCCCAUUCUUACUCCAUAGGGUUUAAUAUGAUGUCGGCCCACCCUUUGCAGCUAUAACAGCUUCAACUCUUCUGGGAAGGCUUUCCACAACACAAGGUUUAGGAGUGUGUUUAUGGGAAUUUUUGACCAUUCUUCCAGAACGCAUCUGUGAGGUCAGACACUGAUGAUGGACGAGAAGGCCUGGCUCACAGUCUCCGCUCUAAUUCAUCCCAAAGGUGUUCUAUCAGGUUGAGGUCAGGACUCUGUGCAAGUUCUUUCACACCAAACUCGCUCAUCCAUGUCUUCAUAGAGCUUGCUUUGUGCACUGGUGCGCAGUCAUGUUGGAACAGGAAGGGGCCAUCCCCAAACUGUUCCCACACAUUUGGGAGCAUUAAAUUGUCCCUUGGUAUGCUGAAGCAUUAAGAGUUCCUUUCGCUGGAACUAAGGGGCCGAGCCCAACUCCUGAUAAACACCCCCACACCAUAAUCCCCCCUCCACCAAACUUUACACUCGGCACAAUGCAGUCAGACAAGUACCGUUCCCCUGGCAACCGCCAAACCCAGACUCGUCCAUCGGAUCGCCAGACGGAGAAGCGUGAUUCGUCACUCCGGAGAACACGUCUCCACUGCUCUAGAGUCCAGUGGCGAAGUGCUUUACACCACUGCAUCUGACACUUUGCAUUGCGCUUGGUGAUGUAAGGCUUGGAUACACAUUGAAGCACAACCCAUUACCAUCACGUCUUGGUUAACCAAUUACCACCAUAUUGGGCGCAUCUGUGACUCGUCCAAGGUGACUUGGUUCCCUAUGACCCAGGUCCCAGGUCCUGAGACUGAUCAUGUCCCAAAGCUUUAAAAAUGGUAACCUGGAUUUCACAGGGAGGGAGAGGGGAAAUGAAAAGGGCAAGUCAACAAAGCUAACUCCAAAAACAUAUUGAAACACAGCCCAGCCUAAAGCAAAUAGGCCAACAAACUGCCAAUAGGGAUGCUUCAUCUGAUUAUUCUUGUAUAUCGAUAGGGUGGCUCGGUGGGUAGCACUUGCCUCACAGCAAGAAGGUCCUGGGUUUGAUCUCCAGGUGGGGCGGUCCGGGUCCUUUCUGUGUGGAGUUUGCAUGUUCUCCCCGUGUCUGCGUGGGUUUCCUCCCACAGUCCAAAAACAUGCAGUCAGGUUAAUUGGAGACACUGAAUUGCCCUAUAGGUGAUGCCAUGCGAUGCCCUGCGAUGGACUGGCGUCCCGUCCAGGGUGUUACUGUGUGCCUUGCGCCCAUUGAAAAGCUGGGAUAGGCUCCAGCAUCGCUCUCCAAUAGCCCCACCCCCACCAGGACCCUGAUUGGAUAAGCGGUUAUGAGGACAGUGAGUGAGUGUCUGUCGAUACUAUAAUAUUAGUUGGGUGGCACUGUAGUGUUUUUACUGCACAGUUUCGGCAGCCUUGGUUUGAACCCGAGCUUGUGUUACUAUUUAAGUAGAGUUUAGUUUAGUGUCUAUGGAUUUCCUCCAGGUAAUCCGGUAUCUGAUGGGUGGAAGGUGGAUUGGCCGCUUGAAGUGACCCCUAGGUGGUAGAAAGUAUCACCCUAUAGUGGUGAAUGGUAUUAUUACGGGGUUCAAACCUCCAAACUCUAUAAUUAAUUGACGUUUCAUCACCAGAGGUUGAAAAUAAACAGUUGUGCUGCUCGUGGACGAACCAGAGGAUGAGAUGCAUCAAAAAACGAUCAAUCAUUGCACUGAGUAACGUAUUUAUAUAACAUUUUGUUUAUUUCUUUCAUGUGUGUGUAAAGAUAACGAUGCAUCGCCAAAAUGUAUUGAACCCAGAGCUGUAUCAUUUUUAUUCCUCCACGGUUUCAGAAUUUUAUGCUGUUUUUGUGAAUAAUUUGUAACAGUUUGGUAGGAAUUAAACUAAAGGGAUGCUGGAGUAUGUAUUUCAAAAGGCAAUCUGGCUCCAGAAACACACUGUCCAGUCUUAUGUGACUCAGCUGACACGUUCUAUGACUACUACAUUCCAAAGAGUGGAUUAAAUAAAGUUUUUUAUUAA